CCUCGCCGCCACCCCCAAGUCCCCAAUAUAGAUAAAAGCAGGCCCCUGCCCCCGCCAAACCGUCCGCAUCACUCCUCCACCAGAGCCAUCCCCCCCCAUGCGCUGCACCUGCGGAACCUGCUGCUUCCCCUUCCUCACAAUCUGCAAACGCCCCUCAGCCGCCAUCACACCCUCCACCUCCAAACUCACCCCAAGGCUCCUCACCACCCACGACGACGCCCCCCACACCCCCGCGGUCCAAGCAACCGCCAAAAUGGCCGCCUCAGAACUCCUCCCCACCCCCCGUCAUCCCGCAGCCGAUGAUGACGAGAUCAAAGAGUUCCAUUUCCACACCUACUUCUUCCAACGCAACCCGCACUCCCUCGCGGCAGCACAGCACAUCCACGCCGAGAUCCAGCGCCUCAACGCCUCCCACCGCUUCACCGCCAGAGUCUACAGGACCUUCAACACCGCCCCCGUGGGCCCCCACACCAUCGGCUCAUUCGAGACGUGGGUGCCCAGGGAAUCAUUCCAUGCCGUCUACGACUGGUUUCUGCGCAAUCGGCACGGGUUGAGUAUCCUCGUGCAUCCGUUGACGAGGUUUGAGGUGCGGGAUCAUACCGAGGCCGCGGUGUGGAUGGGGGCUGCUGUGCCGUUGGAUUUGGCGGGCUUGACCGAGGAGCUUGAGGAGGUGCCCAGGCAGUAUCCCGAGUUGGGGUUGGGGUAUUCGGCUAAGAAGUAGGGGGGAUGCUGUUGGGUUGGGGUUGUAUAUAGCGUGUACAUGAGGAGGGCUGUUAUACUACGUAUAGGUUUUAGUUUGCUAGUUCGGCGGGCUGGGUCCGUGCUGAAUGAUUCCAAAAUAGGCUUGUCUGAUGAUCCACAAAGAAUGCAUACCAUGAAAAACGAU